AUGACUUGUCCUUUUGCGUCCCUUUUCCGUCUCGGUAUUACUACUAUUCACCGCACUCCACUUGCUUCUGGUACUAGAAGCAACGAACCGAAACGUCUCUUUGUCGCGAAGAACACAAAGGCGAGAACGUCGGCGUCCUCAUCAUCAUCGUCAAACGAGAACACGCACAACGGCACGAUGUCGGCGAAAAGUCGUUUCACCUCUUCCUCCUUCACGGAUGAGACGAUUACCACAGAGAACACGACCAAAAAGAAGAGCGCGAGAAUAGCGCUCGUGCAAUUGGCGUCGACGUCGUCCAAGGAAGAAAAUAUUGAAAACAUGCUGGCGAGAGUCGAAGAAGCGCUUUCAUCGUCGUCAUCGUCGUCAUCAUCGUCAUCAUCAGGAGACAAACCGUUAAAAUUGGCUGAAGAAGAAAAAAAGAUUGUGGAUAUCGUAGUCUUACCUGAGAUGUGGAACUGUCCUUACGGAAACGAGUUUUUUGCUCCGUUCGCGGAGGAUGUAGUGUUAGAUCGAGGUAGUUCUGUGGCUGAAGAAGAAGGAAGAGGUUCGACGUCGCCGUCCUUCGAUGCUAUGCGGAAAAUCGCCAAGGAGAAAAAAGUCGUUCUGUUUGGAGGAUCAAUACCGACGAGAAAGGACGGCAAGCUAUUCAACACGUGCUUUGUGUUUGAUAGCGAUGGCGCACUCAUAGCAACGCAUCAUAAAAUGCAUUUAUUCGACGUAGAUAUACCAGAUGGAAUCACUUUUUUUGAAUCAAAGACGCUCACGGCGGGCGACGCGGUGACUAUCGCAAAUACCAAAGAUUUUGGAAAGUUUGGUGUUGGCAUAUGCUUUGAUAUGAGAUUUCCUGAGUACGCGCGCGCGUGUGCGCUAGAAGGAUGCAUUGGGAUGAUAUAUCCAGGAGCCUUCAAUACCGUGACCGGUCCUUUACACUGGGCGUUACUGCAAAGAUGUCGAGCGGUGGACAAUCAGAUGUUUGUUGCGACGUGUUCGCCUGCGAGGGUAGAAGGCGCGUCGUACCAAGCACAUGGCGAUAGUUCAGUAUACGGUCCGUUUGGGGAGAAAUUAAACGACAAAGAAUUAGAGGAAAAGCCGGGUGUUGUGUAUGCGGAUUUAGAUCUCAAUGAAGUCGUGAAAAGACGCUCGGCAAUGCCUUUGAAUAAGCAAAGGCGACUCUCGGAAACGUACGAGUUGUGCGCGAAGAAAGAAGAAAACGUUUAG